UCUUUGAUGAAAUUUGCAGAAAUUUUAUGUGUCGUUAUGCAUUUAGGCCACAUGGACGCAAAUGCGCCAUACCUUUUUUCCCCUUUUCCUUUCGUUUUCAACACAGCAUCGCACAAUAUUCCAUCGUCUGCCUCUUCCCAGAAUUGAAGAAACAAACUUAUUUAAGCUCAAUUCUCUUAGUACUCAGCAUAUAAUUAGGUUUUCCUUCUGAGUUUUUCCCCACACUACCGCGAAUGAGCUGAAAGUGCAGCGUUUCCGACUCCACUUCUGCAGCUGGCAAAGAGAACAGAUUCAGGGCGAUUCAUGAUGAAGCAAAAGUAGCACAUAUGAUGGCCAUGAAUCCGAGAGAAAAAGACUUCCAAGCAAAGAGAGACGGGGAUCCCAAUUACAACAAGUUCCCCAAGUUCACAUCUUCUUCAAGGCAAUGGUCAAGCUACAAAAACCCAAGAAUCAUUCGCGUCUCUCGUGACUUUGGAGGCAAAGACCGGCACAGCAAAGUGUGCACUCUGCGGGGACUGAGGGACCGACGCAUCAGGCUUUCUGUCCCUACUGCAAUUCAGCUCUAUGAUCUUCAAGACAAGCUUGGACUCAGCCAGCCCAGCAAAGUUGUCGAUUGGUUGCUUGACGCGACUAAGGACGAAAUCGACAAGCUCCCUCCUCUCCCUAUGAUCCCUGGAAGUUUCACACCGUUCCAUCAACCAACACUAGCUUGCCAAGAUUCAUCAGGAACCAUUAACCCUCAAAACCCCAUGUCCCAUUUUCUUGCUACUAAUCAUCCCUUCGCCAAGAAUUUAGGGAUUAGUACUCCAAGAAAAGAUGGGAUCAUCAAGAUAGACGAGGAUGAGAAGGAAAUGUCGACAACAGGAAAGGAAAAGUGGAUUUUUCCACAACAGGAGCAAGAAAAUCAAGAGGGUUUUGGAGGAUUUGUAGCUCAACUUUCAGCACAAAACCUCUUCCCACUGAGCAAUAUCAAUCAUCAGUCAUCGUCCAUACCGAACUUGGGCUACAACUCUUACUUCCAUUGUUGGGAUCCUCCAAACCUGUCAUUAUCUCAAUUUGGAGGAGGGUUUACUUUCCCAAAUCAAACAGAUGAGCAGCAGCAGCAGCAGCCCUACAAUACGCUUUCAACGUUUAAUCUACCGACGAGCUCUCAGCUCUAUUUCUGCCCUUCUGCAACAGCUCUGCCAGCUUCUAUCAUCCCUUCUUUUCCUUCAUACAUCAGUACCCCUUCACUGGACAACUAUGGGUUGAGACAAUUCAAUCAUCAUCAUCAGUUGCAGCAAAAUCCACAGCUUCUGCCCACAACAACCCUUCACUUGAUCAAUCCCACCAUGAAGUCCUUCGCCCUCAAUGUCAACUCUAAAACGGUUAAUCAUUCACAGGAUCAGAAAGCUGCUGAUGAAAGACGGAACAAAGACCACAGAAAUAGUUAAUUCCUGAAAGUUUUACAUGAUUCGGUAGUGCUAAUUACCUUGGAAGAAACAAAUUAAGAAGGGCUCACGUGGGAUCAAUACUUCAGAGAUAAAUUGCAA